CAAAUCUAUUAAAUUGUUGAAAUUCGUACAAGAAACAGAAAUGACAGAGAUUUGGCGGUAAGAAGGAAAAGUCAUCUUCUUCAUCUAGUUGCUGAGGAGGUGGCAUUUCGAACUUCUUCUUUACUGCGGGUGGCCACUUGAACGAUUCGGUUCGGGUUGAGAGCUUCACCUUCGAAGAAGAACUUGUUUCUUCCUUUCCAGAUUUUCCAGAGCAGAGGCUCGUGGUCUGAUGGAGCGUUGGGAUUCCCAUUCUUGCAAUUUGCCACACUAAUUGCGAGGUUCACAAUUGAUGAGGCAAUGGGUGACGGAUUCCUCUUCGGCAAAGCAGCGGCGGCACAAGGGAGAUAUUCAUGGGAUUCUUUCGUGCAAUCUCUUACUCGUAGGUAUGCCAUUGUGCAUGAUCUUCCAUAGGAAAAUCCUCACUCUCGGCUGUAUUUGCAAUUUGCAAGUCCCAAAUUGAUGCCCAGAGUUUCUUCUCGCGACACUGGACUGAGAGCAUUUCCAGAGGAGGGUGAUAGAACUGGUAAGCUACUUGGUAGCCUGAAGCUGCUGUGUAUCUUCCUUGUUUCUCCCUGGACUAGGUCGAAGAACUCUUCGACGCGGCACAUUCUCCUUGAUUGCAAAAAUUGUUUUCAUUGUUCUCAUCCUCACCAGUCAAAUGAAGGUAUGCUCUUCAAAUGCCAAAGCUCUUUCCUUAUUCUGUUCCCCAUUCCGUUCUCCGUCUUUGCUUCCUUUCAACUUCAUCCCUGCGUCACUCUCAGUCUCAGCCCCAAUCACUUGAUGAAGCUGUUGAUUCCUUCACUCGCAUGCUCUCUAUGCGUCCUCCUCCAUCCAUCAUCCAAUUCACUAAGAUUUUGGGAUCUCUUGCCAAGACCAACCAUUUCCCCACCGCCAUUUCCCUUUUUCAGCAAUUGCAAGCCAGAGGAAUAGCUCCCAACUUAUUUACUUUAAGCAUCCUAAUUAAUUGUUGUUGCGGCAUGGGUUGUGUGAUGCUUGCUUUCUCUGUACUGGCCAAGAUUUUCAGGAUGGGGUUUCAGCCUGAUACCGUAACAUUGAAUACACUCAUUAAAGGUCUCUGUCUCUGUGGUAGUGUUGAAAAAGCACUGCACUUUCAUGAUAAAGUGUUGGCUCAUGGAUUUCAGUUUAAUGAAAUCACUUACGGGACCUUGAUUAAUGGGCUCUGUAAGACCGGACACACAUCAGCUGCUAUUCAAGUGUUGAGAAAGAUCCCACGGUAUGGAAUUGUUCCUAAUGUCUUAAUGUACAGCGCAAUUAUUGAUAGCCUCUGCAAGGAUACACUUGUAAGUCAUGCGUUUCAUUUAUUCUCUGAAAUGCUUGCUAAGGGAAUUUCCUCCGAUGUUAUCACUUACACUACUCUAAUUCAUGGAUUGUGCCUUGCGGGUCGACUAAUGGAAGCCAUUGAUUUACUAAAUUACAUGAUGCUGAAAAACAUUAUUCCAAAUAUUUGCACCUAUAGUACUUUGAUUGAUGGACUAUGUAAGGAAAGAAGAAUCAAAGAUGCUAAGACUGUGUUUGCUCUUAUGAUAAAAAAAGGUGUGAAACCAGAAGUGGUUAUUUAUAAUAGUUUAAUGGAUGGAUAUUGUUUGGCUAGUGAGGUAGAUAAGGCAAAAUAUGUAUUCAGGACAAUGGCUCAAAGUAGAGUGUCUCCUGAUGUUUGGAGUUAUAAUAUCAUGAUUAAGGGCUUGUGCAAAAGUAAAAUGGUUGAUGACGCCUUGAAUCUCUUUGAAGAGAUGUGUUGCAAGAACAUGGUUCCUGAUAUGGUAACUUACAAUACCCUAAUUGAUGGCUUGGGAAAAUCAGGAAAAAUCCUUUGUGCUGAGGAGCUUUUUCAAAAGAUGCAUGAUAGAGGUCAACUUGCUGAUAUAGUCACUUAUAAUUCUUUGUUGGAUGGGAUGUUCAAUACCAACAAACUUGACAAGGCACUAAUGUUAUUCAAUCGAAUGAAAGAGAGUGGCAUUGAUCCAGAUAUAUAUACAUACAACAUACUUAUGGAUGGUUUGUGCAAAAAUAGAAGACUUAAAGAUGUAAGAGAGAUUUUUCAAGAUCUUUUCAUUGAAGGCUAUAAACCAAACACGUGGACACACAAUAUUAUAAUCAAUAGGCUUUGCAAAAAGGGUUUACUUGAUCGAGCAUUGGCAUAUUUGUCAAAAAUGGAAGCCAAUGGUUGUUCAACAGAUAUAUGUACGUACAAUAUAAUUAUUGAUGGCCUAUGGAAAAGUAGAAGAUUUAAGAAUGUUCAACAGAUUUUUCAAAAGCUUUUUCUUAGAGGCUAUCAUCCAGAUAUUUGGACACACAAUAUUAUGAUCAACGGGUUCUGCAAAGAGGGCUUGCUUGAUGAAGCAUUGGCAUAUUUGUCGAAAAUAGAAGACAAUGGUUGCUCAACAGAUAUAUGCACGUACAGUAUAAUUAUUGAUGGCCUAUGUAAAGGUGGAAGACUUGAGAAUGCUCGACAUAUAUUUCAAAAGCUUUUUCUUAGAGGCUAUCGUCCAGAUAUCUGGACAUACAAUAUUAUGAUCAACGAGCUCUGCAAAAAACGUUUGCUUAAGGAAGCAUUGGCAUAUUUGUCAAAAAUGGAAGACAAUGUUUGCUCAACAGAUAUACGGACGUACAAUAUAAUUAUUUAUGGUCUAUGUGAAGGUGGAAGACUUAAGAGCGCUCAACAGAUUUUUCAAAAGCUUUUUGUUAGAGGCUAUCGUCCAGAUGUUUGGACAUUCACUAUUAUGAUCAACGGGCUCUGCAAAGAGGGCCUACUUGACGAAGCAUUGGCCUUAAAGUCGAAAAUGAAAGAUCUUGGUUGCUCUCCAAAUAAAGUAACUAACAAUAUAAUCAGUCGCUAUUUGAAACAGGUAAAAAUGACAAAGCGAGAAACUUCAUGAAAUGAUAUUAGAGGGCUAUUGCAAGGAUAAAAGUAGUAAGAUCUUGCUUGUUAGACAUCACAAAAUGUUGUUUGUAUCUCUUUC